ACGUUUCCUGUGAGUGCGAAGGGAUUCGCGGCGAUACUGACACUAUUUGUAAACUGAGAGUGGCCUCCGGUUUGUUGUCCGGUCCCUGCUUCCUCUCGCUUAAUCCGGGAAGGGAACUCGGCAGCCGUGUGUGUGUCUGAGUGGAUCAAGCUGAGCUGAGCGGCGGUGUUAUUCGAAGCGUCAUGUCGGACUCGGAGGAGGACAGCCAGGACAGGCAGCUUAAAAUUGUCGUGCUUGGAGACGGUGCGUGUGGAAAGACGUCUCUCGCCACCCGCUUUGCACAGGAGGCCUUCGGGAAGCAGUACAAACAAACCAUCGGUCUGGAUUUCUUUCUGAAGAGAAUAAGCCUUCCAGGCAACUUGAAUGUGACCUUGCAGGUGUGGGACAUUGGAGGCCAAACGCUAGGCGGGAAAAUGCUGGAUAAAUAUGUAUACGGAGCUCAUGGGGUCCUCCUGGUUUACGAUAUCACCAACUACCAGAGCUUUGAGAAUCUGGAGGAUUGGUUCAGCCUGGUGAAGAAAGCCAACGAGGAAGCUGAUAUCCAGCCGGUUUUCUCUCUAGUUGGGAAUAAAACGUGUGGUGAAGGCGGACAUCGUGAACUACAGCCAGGACACCGUGGCCAGGACCGUCAACCCCCCUCGCAGCUCCAUGUGUGUGCUGCAGUGACCCCCCUCCAACACUUAAAGAUGUUCAAUUGCCUUCAGUCAGUAUUCGUCUUUCAGGAUGGUGUUCUCCGUGUUCUCCGUGUUCUCCGUGUUCUCCGUGUUCUCCGUGUGUCAGCUGUACGGAUGAGAUGAAGAACAGGCCGUGUGUUUUUCGAGGCCUUUGCCUGUAGUUCGGAUAUUUAGCAGCGAUCAUUUCAUGGGUGGUUGACGAAAAAAAGGAAACGCGACCUCCACUUUUCUCUUUUCCAGUUCACACGCAGCUAUCAUUUUAUUUCUGUGAUUCAACUUAAAUAAAUACUUAAAAUACUU